AUGAUCAACAUUAUGGAUGCCGCUGAAACCUCGCCAUUAAGCUGGAUUUUACUGCCUUUGAUUGGCAUUUUCACUCUUUUGAUAUUUUGUUUUUUAAAAUCAAAAGCAAAACUUGACAUCAAAGGAAAGUAUGUUCUCAUUACGGGUUGCGACUCUGGAUUCGGUCGUGCUACAGCCAUAUCACUUGACAAGAUGGGAGUUUGUGUGUUGGCGACUUGUUUGACAAAAGGAGGUGAACAGAGUUUAAAGUCAGUGACGAGCGAUAAACUCAAAACAUUUCAGAUGGAUGUGACAAACUCAGAGCAGAUCAAAGAAGUUUAUUAUAACGUCAAUGAGUUGGUCCAAUGUGAUGGAGGUGUGUAAGUAACGUAGUAUCUAAACAAAGUGAUUCAACACUCCUGCUGAAUUUUAAUUUCAAUACACGACCAAUGAUUGUCAUGAUAACAUUCGCUCGCUAUAAGUAUUAGCCACGUCAGUGGCCUAUCUUGUUUUCCUGCUUUGCAAAAACUGCUUUACCUCAGUUUCUAUUUUCCUAAAACAUUCCUAAAGAAUUAUGUAAUCAGAUCAGCUCUCAUUGGUGUCACGUUGUAGGUCACGGCUCCUUGAUAUCUUGGAUUUGUUAGCGCUCAGUAUUAAGCAUUGUUAUAAACCUUAAAUCCUUUCCACAAAACUGAACAACCCUAAAUCCUACCCUGGUAUGGUAUUGUGAAAUGAUGGGUCUACAAUCGGUAUCAUUUCACCAGGCGACUAUUAUUGUGGUUGAAAAAAAAAAUGACUGCCCGCCUUUUGUAACAUAUUGACGACUUUUUAUAGAGUCGCUCAAAAUUUCUUUUCGAGCAGGUGGACUGUGGGGACUGGUGAACAAUGCAGGAAUCGGAUACAUGCUGCCGAUCGAUUGGGCGCCGAUGAGUAUAUUUAAACGCACAGCAGACGUGAAUCUAUGGGGACUGAUUGAAAUGACCAAAACAUUUCUUCCACUUAUCAAGAUGGCCAGGGGACGAGUUGUGAACUUCGCAAGCGUUGGCGGUAAGCUAUAUAAAGGAAACACACUAUGCCAUUUCAUGGCUCCACAACCCUGUCAUCAUUUUGAAAUCGCGAUACAUGACAUGUUUUCUUCAAAUAGGAUCUUUGAACACAAAUAUUAGGGCACAUACCACAAGACACUAGCUAAACAACAACAGUUUCCACAACGCCAAUUCACGCAAUAUUGGUAAUCCCCUAAUAGAAUUACUAACAAUGGUCCCUUCAGCUUCGGUCACGUAUCAAAUUCCCGGGGAUUUGCUUCCCAGUUUGGUGCACAUUUCUUCUUUAUUGAGUGGGUAUCUUUAGAAGCGGCCACUGGCGCCCUUUACAACUCUCGACUGCCUAAUAUAAAUAGUGUAUUUCAUCCUUAUUGAAUUUGGACGAGCAGGAGAGAAACCUGGUAACGAGGUUAGUCAGCUAUCAUCAUUAAUAAGGCGCUUUGACGCGAAGGUGAACGGAGCAUGCCCGCCUUCUCAAACACGUAGAUGACUCAUAUUACAUGAUGAAUAAACGAAUACUGUGAGUGGAUAUGCCGACAUUUGUCCGGCAGCUCAGACACGUCAAAAAAGUUAUCUUCAUCUUAUCUUCCCUCCUCGCCCCUCCCCCCCCUCCCCAACCACAUCGCACGUUCAGAUCUUUUAGUAUUCAGUAGCUUAGAUUGCAGCCAAUCACUAACUGACUCCUCCAGGUACGUAGGUACAAUGAACUUCACAAGGUCAAAGUGACUCGUUUCUCCUUCAAUUAGGACUUUUCCGCAGAUCAGAAGGGCUGUCUGUAUAUAGUGUUUGUACUUUUGAUACAUGCAGGUCGUUUCUCGACGUCCAUAUUCUCCCACUAUGCUGUGACUAAGUAUGGCGUGGAGGCGUUUUCAGAUGCGUUAAGACGAGAAAUGUAUCCCUGGGGAGUGAAAGUGAGUAUUUUGGAACCAGGUGCAUUUCGAACCAACAUAAAUCAGCCAUCCAUUAUUGAAAAAAAUUUGAAAGAGGCCUGGGAAAACCUAGAUGAUCAGCUUAAAGAGGAGUACGGAGAGGAAUACUUAAAAGAAGGUAUAUUUUCAUUCUUAAUUUGUGCUUUUCCUACCAUAGACAAGUGAACUGAAGCUUGAUUAGCUUCGUGAAAAUGUGCUGUAAGCGAAGUGCACAUAGGACGGAGCUAAUAGACACUUUUUUAGACAUUAAAAUAUAGUUGAUUAUCAAAUGAUCAGUGAACUUUGAAAGAACACUAACGAGGAACAGAAAAGACGAACUGAAGGGGCGUAACAUGAGCAAAACUGAAAAGGAGCGGUGUGCAUUCAGGUAGGCAGAAGAACUGAAGACCGUAUUUUUUUCAAACUUGGUCUGAUGGACCAAGUCGUCCGUCCAUUUAGGCACACUGCCUACAAAGGAUGGAAUUUUUUCAAAUAAGCUAGUCUUCUUCGAAAAUAAUGCUAUAGUUUUCUUUCUUUUCGUCCUUACGAAGUAGACAGUUUUUAACAAUUUUCAUAUCAAUUUCAUUUCAAUUUUUUCAUCAGGUAACCCUUAUAGUGAAACUGACCUUUAUAGUUACGGGCCGGUAUCUAUUGACCGCUUCUAAAAUGACACUUGAUACACAAAAUUUCUUUGUAAUGAGAUGCCAACGAUGUUUUUUUUUUCUCCCCAAGUGAUUAAGCGCCUUACAGAGUUUCCUGCAUCUGAUCGCCUGGAUGAAGUUGCGAAUACCGUGGUGACUGCUCUGACGUCACACGCACCACGCUAUCGUUACCCUGUUGGUUUAGAUGCUCGAAUGCUAAUGGCAAUGGUUUCCUGGUUACCAACCUUUGCUAUGGAUUUUGUUCUUCUCAGCUGGUUAAAAUUUCCAUUACCAAGAAUAGGUCGAAAGAGCUAG